AUGGCUACUAACAAACGUACAUUCGCCUACAUGAUGAAUCCAACUGUAGGCAAAUAUCAUUACGGUCCUGGUCAUCCAAUGAAACCCUACCGUGUCGAAUUGACAAACUGCUUAGUAUUGGAAUAUAAAAUGCAUAGAAAAAUGAACAUAUAUUGUCCAUCGGAAGCCAGCAUUCACGACAUGACACGUUUUCACUCGGAAGACUAUGUCGAAUUUCUUUCACGCGUCACACCCAAUAGUCAAGAAUUCCAACGCUUUUAUUCAAUUUAUAACUUAGGAGAUGAUUGUCCAGUAUUCACAGGGCUAUUCGAUUUUUGUAAACUUUAUACGGGAGCUUCAUUACUCUCUGCAACACAACUCAAUCACAAGCAAAGUGAUGUGGCUAUCAAUUGGUCAGGUGGACUUCAUCAUGCGAAAAAAUUCGAAGCAUCUGGAUUUUGUUAUGUAAACGAUAUUGUCAUUGCUAUCCUGGAAUUGUUGAAAUAUCAUGAACGUGUACUCUAUAUCGAUAUCGACGUUCAUCAUGGAGAUGGAGUGCAAGAAGCAUUUUAUUUCACUGAUCGUGUUAUGACUGUAUCUUUCCAUAAAUAUGGAAAUAACUUCUUUCCUGGAACUGGCAGUAUGUAUGAGAUUGGUGCGGAAACAGGAAGAUACUAUUCGAUCAAUGUUCCUCUUCGAGAGGGCAUCACUGAUGAUGAUUAUUAUGAACUUGUUUUCAAACCAGUUAUGUCAACUGUAAUGCAAUAUUAUCGUCCAAAAUGUAUCGUUCUUCAAUGUGGAGCUGAUUCGCUUGGUGGUGAUCGACUUGGAUGUUUCAAUUUAUCUAUCAAAGGACAUGGCAAAUGUGUUUCAUUCGUCAUGGAACAGAAUUUACCUGUACUUGUCGUCGGUGGAGGUGGUUAUACAGUGAAGAAUGUCGCACGCUGUUGGACAUAUGAAACAUCAUUGAUCCUUAAUGAACAACUUUCGAACGACAUACCAUAUCAUGAUUACAUCGAAUUUUUUGCACCCGACUGCGUCUUACAUCCAAAUUUAUUUAAUCCAAAAAUCGAAAAUGGAAACUCUCGUCAGUACCUUGAAUUAAUUGUUCAAUUUGUCAAUGAAAAAUUACGUUUACUCGCUCAUGCGCCUUCUGUUCAAAUGCACGAUGCACCACCUGAUCUUCUACAAACAGAUGAUCACAGUGGUGCAAAACCAACUAGACGUGCCGAUGCAGCCAACGAAUUUUAUGAUGAUGACAAUGAUGUUGAUCGAACUGAUGAAAACUAA